CGCGGCGGUGGGUGGUGGCGGCGCCAUCUUGCGCGGUGCGGAUUGAAUGAGCGCGCCGAGCCGGGGCCACCGUCGCGAUCCGAGCAGGCCGCGAGCAGCAGUAGCCAUGGCCUCGCCGGUGCCCAGCCGUGCUGGCGGGUCCGCUACGCCGCUGUCGCCCACGCGCCUGUCGCGGCUGCAGGAGAAGGAGGAGCUGCGGGAGCUCAACGACCGUUUGGCGCACUACAUCGACCGCGUCCGCGCGCUCGAGCUCGAGAACGACCGGCUGCUGCUCAAGAUCUCGGAGCGCGAGGAAGUGACCACCCGCGAGGUGAGCGGCAUCAAGGCACUGUACGAGUCGGAGCUGGCGGACGCCCGAAGGGUCCUGGACGAGACGGCCUGCGAGCGUGCCCGGCUGCAGAUCGAGAUGGGGAAACUGAGAGCCGAGCUGGAGGAAGUCACCAAGAGUGCCAAGAAGCGGGAGGGCGAGCUCACGGUGGCCCAGGGCCGCGUGAAGGACCUGGAGUCCCUGUUCCACCGGAGCGAGGUGGAGCUGGCCACCGCCCUCAGUGACAAGCGCAGCCUAGAAGGCGACGUGGUGGAGCUCCAGGCGCAGGUGGCCAAGGCAAGGGAUGGUCACACGGUGGCCAAGCAGCAGCUGGAGAAGGAGACGCUGAUGCGCGUGGACCUGGAGAACCGCUGCCAGAGCCUGCAGGAGGAGCUGGACUUCCAGAAGAGUGUGUUUGAGGAGGAGGUGCAGGAGACACGGAGGCGGCACGAGCGGCGCCUGGUAGAGGUGGACAGCAGCCGGCAGCAGGAGUACGACUUCAAGAUGGCACAGGCGCUGGAGGAGCUGCGCAGCCAGCACGAUGAACAAGUGCGGCUCUACCGGCUGGAGCUGGAGCAGAGCUACCAGACCAAGCUGGAGAACGCCAGGCUGAGCUCCGACCAGAACAACAAGGCAGCCAGUGCCGCCCGGGAGGAGCUAAAGGAGGCACACAUGCGCAUUGAGUCCCUCAGCUACCAGCUGUCCAGCCUCCAGAAUAAGGCCAGUGCUGACGAGGAGCAUAUCCGGGAGCUGGAGGCAGCCAUGGCUGGGGAGCGGGACAAGUUCCGAAGUGUGCUGGCUGCCAAGGAGCAGGAGAUGACACAGAUGCGAGACAUGAUGCAGCAGCAGCUGGCUGAGUACCAGGAGCUGCUGGACGUGAAGCUGGCGCUGGACGUGGAAAUCAGUGCCUACCGAAAGCUGCUGGAGGGCGAGGAGGAGCGGCUGAAGCUGACACCCAGCCCGUCCACGAGGGUCACCAUCUCACGGGCUACCUCAAGCAGCAGCACCAGCAGUGUGUCCACUGCCAGCCGCCCAGGCCGCAGCAAGCGCCGGCGGCUCCAGGCAGAGGAGACUCCAGGCAGUGGCUCUAGCUCAAGCGGCAUUGGCUCGGGCAGCAGCAGUGGUGGCAGCAGCAGCUUCCGCCUGGCACAGCAGGCCUCAGCCACGGGAGGCAUCAGCAUCGAGGAGGUGGACAUGGAAGGCAGGUUCGUGCGACUGAAGAACCACUCGGAUAAGGAUCAGUCCCUGGGCAACUGGAGGAUCAAGAGGCAGGUCUUUGAAGGGGAUGAGAUUGCCUACAAGUUCACACCCAAAUACGUCCUACGGGCCAGUCAAACGGUCACGGUAUGGGCAGCAGGCGCAGGGGUUCAGGGAAUGGCUGUGCAAACUCCUCGGUCCCGCGUGCGCAUGCGCAGCCUCGAGCCCGGUUUGGGGGUCUAG